AUGACAAUGUCCACGGCAACGACAGCCACAACGCAGCAGACGGCGGUGCCAGACACCUCAAGUGUUGAGCGUCAUGGAUACCUGUUCGGCUACCCUAUCGCACACUCCAUGUCGCCGUUAUUUCACAACACCGUAUAUGCAGACCUUGGCCUGAACUGGAACCAGUUCUAUCUAGAGUCGACAGACAUGGAGCUGUUCCUAAGAGUCAGGCAGGACCCAAAGUUCUACGGCGCGUCGGUGACUAUGCCACACAAGAUGGCAAUUCUUCCACACCUGGACGAGAUCACAGAAGAGGGCAGGGAGGUCGGUGCGGUAAACACACUCUUCCUCAAGGAGGAUCCCACAACUGGAAAACGGAUAUUCUGCGGCACCAACACCGAUGUUGUCGGCGUACGAGAUGCUUUCGUCUGCAACGUCAAGGAUGCCGCGGCAAGCUAUGAAAACCGGCCAGCCAUGGUGGUGGGAGGCGGUGGUGCGGCCCGGAGCGCAGUCUACGCGCUAAGAAAGUGGAUGAAGGCUAGCAGGAUUUACCUUGUCAAUCGCGACCGCAACGAGGUCAAGGCAGUCAUUGACGAAUGCACAGCGAGGGGAUUCGGCGACUCGCUUAUCGACGUAUCGACCGCUGCGCAAGCCGAACAACUCGAGGGGGUUGGUGCAAUCGUGGCAUGCGUGCCAGACUUCCCACCCAAGACAGCCGAGGAGAAGGAGGCAAGAGCCGUGCUCGAGACCUUCCUGAACAAGCCACACAAGGGUGCGAUCCUAGAGAUGUGCUACCAUCCCUCGCCAUGGACGGAAAUCGCCGGCAUCAGUGAAAAGGCUGGGUGGCAGCUCAUCCUGGGCACGGAAGCUAUGAUUUACCAGGGCCUGGAGCAGGACAGGUACUGGACAGGCAAGUCGGUAUCUGAGCUGCCCAAGGCAAAGGUCCAGGCGGUCAUCGCGGCCAAGCUGGCUGAGGCACGACACUAG